AUGGCGACGCCUUCGCCACCGAAACCGUGGGAAAGAGCAGGUGCAGCGGGAAACGCAUUAUCAACAGCACCUAUCGCCGGUAGCCCUGCUGCCUCGACCGCGAUGACUACGACAACCAACCCCGCCACUUCAACCUCCACCGCCCCCGACCUUCCCUCCCGUCCUAGCACUCUCAACUCCGUAGUCAACAAUACCGCCUCCAACUACUCGCCAUAUGGAGCCUCGCGUCUUGGAACAGGCGCGUAUGGAUCCAGCUACGGUGGCAUGGGUGGCAUGGGGGCCAUGGGAUCACCUUACUCCCGCUUCGGCACCAUGGGCGGUAUGGGCUCCAUGUACGGCGGCGGCUAUGGAGGCUACGGAGGUGGCAUGUAUGGUGGCAUGGGCGGUAUGGGAGGCUACGGAAGCAUGUACGGUGGCAUGCCGGGACAAGAUCCCAACGAUCCGAACAGCCUGACGAACUCGUUUGGGCAGAGCACACAGGCCACUUUCCACAUGAUUGAGAGCAUCGUCGGUGCGUUUGGUGGCUUUGCUCAGAUGCUCGAGAGCACAUACAUGGCUACGCACAGUUCAUUCUUUGCAAUGGUCUCGGUCGCAGAACAAUUUGGAAACCUGCGCAACACCCUUGGCUCAGCCCUGGGCAUUUUCACCCUCAUUCGGUGGUUCCGCACAUUGAUCGCUAAGCUCACAGGACGUCCUCCGCCAGCUGAUGCGACGUCUUUGACUCCCGCUGCCUUCGCAGCUUUCAUGGGCGGCCGCGCUGCUGCUACCCUCCCCGAUGGCUCGCCCGCUCCCGCCAAGCCAUCCAAGAAGCCUUUCUUCAUGUUCCUGAUUGCCCUCUUUGGACUCCCCUACCUAAUGGGCAAGCUCAUCAAGACCAUGGCUCGAUCCCAGGAGGAAGAGGCGAAGCGCCGCCAACUCGUUGGUCCCAACGGCGAGCCGGGCUCAGCAUCUCUCGACCCGGCCAAGCUGGACUUCUGCCGUGUCCUCUACGACUACACUCCCGAGACCCAGGAGAGCAACGGAAUUGACCUCGCUGUGACGAAGGGCGACAUCGUCGCUGUCCUCAGCAAGUCUGAUCCUAUGGGCAAUGCCUCCGAGUGGUGGCGCUGCCGUGCCCGCGACGGCCGCGUCGGAUAUCUUCCUGGUCCGUACCUGGAGACUAUCCAGCGCCGGCCCAAUCAGCAGGCUAUCACAGCAGGUAGCGAGCCUGCUACUCGCACCUCUACAAUGAAGGGCGACUCUGUGGCCGAAGGUCGCACGCAGAGCCUGUCAUCUCUGGGCAAACCCGAACUUAACAGCAAGAUCGGCGAUAUCUCGCCUGAGAGCUUCCAGAAGAGCACUUUCUAUUCAUGA